CUGCUCUGUAUCAGGGAAAAAUCUCUACCUACAACUGUGUCAAAAAAACUCUGCAUACUGCUCGUUUCGAGGAAAAUCUCUACCCACUGCUGUAGAAGAGCCCUGCUUCAACACCCUGUUUUCAACUUCUGACACUCCGGGGGAUGGUUAACACACAACUAAUACCGGGUGGAGGUGUCUCGAGAACGAGGCAAGACACUCCGGUUCUUCGCCUUGCUAGUAAAAAUACAGAGCAUGGUGAGCUUCACCGUGUCUCUUUUGCAGGACAUCUACUGACAGAAGAAGAAGAUAUCAGGAGUGGGCUUGUCUAUAACAUCUUAAAGAGUGCUUGGAGACCGAAGGGAGGAUUCGAAUUGCAUGAACAAUCUAAAAAUACUUACAUUUUUAUCCUCUCUGAUGAAACAGAAAAAAAUCGAAUCUUUCGAGAGUCUCCAUGGCUUGUAAAAGGAUCCCAUCUUGUUCUCAAAGAUUGGCCGGCUUCACAGCGCUUUGAUGAAAUUGUAUUCUCACACUCAGAAUUCUGGGUGCAGGUUCACGGCCUUCCAAAGGGAUGCAUGACCCUGGAAAAUAUACAGCUUAUUGGAUCACUGUUCCCCCGCUUAAUCUCUUGGGACCAGUCCACGGUAGGGGGCCUGGAAAGUUUUUUAAGACUUCGAGUUGAAAUUGAUGUGCAUACCCCACUUCUUACAGGUUUCCAAUUCCAACAGCAAGGGGAUGAAAUGUGGACUGCAGAAUUUAAAUAUGAGAAAUUAGUUGAAUUUUGCUAUAGAUGUGGGAUGCUGGGACACACUACAAAAUCAUGUGCUGGGUUUCGAGGGAAGGAUGAUGAUGGAAACCUCUCUCAACCCAGACUGCAGUAUGGUCCACAGCUGAGAGCAGCAGCUUACUCACCCAAAAAACAUUUUGGAUCCAUCCGGGAAGGAAAAACAUCUUUUCAACCACCUCAGGCCAAACAGACACAAGGAACAAAAGACAGCUCAGAGGCUGUAAAAUUGGCAAUACCUGCAAACUCAGCUGGGCAGAAGCUGGUGGUAUGUGACGAAGAGCUCCCAGAGCUAGAGCGUGAUGGCCAACAGGAAGCGGAGCGCGUGAAUCGACCCCUCCAUUCUUUUUUGGGCACAAUAGUAAAUGAGAUGGAGUUUCAGUCAUCCAGUGACAUGAUUACUACCCCUCACACAAGCUCAGAACUUCCAUUAAUUUCCCCUGUCAUCCAACUGCAGACGCCUCCUUCAUUAAAUGUGACGGUGACCAACUUAUUAUCUUCUGAGCUGGACAAGCAUCUAGACUCUUCACACAAGAUGAAGGAGAAACUUGCUGGACAAGAUGGGACUCGGGUCAACACAGAAUUGGGUUUCUUAUUGGCCCAACAAGUAGAAGCCCAACUGUCUUUGGGCAAUAAUUCCAAGACAGGGAGGAAACGGAAGAAUGAUACUGGGCCGGAGGGUGAAAUAUUAAAAAAGACUUGCCUACAACCCAAUGAACCAAUUGGGCUACAAUGCCCUCCAACCCAAAUGCAAGCAGCCAUAGCAGCGGGCAGGUCUGAUUUUUAUAAACAAGAUAGGAAGGGAUUUUUCACAGAGGUGGAAGAAUCCAUAUCAGUUCACCGAGUUCGACGCAGGAUCCGACUAAAGGAGUUAGCUCGUCAAAUGCAGUCUCAACCGGACUCUCGCGUCGCCUUACUCCCACCGGUUCAAUCAACUCAAAGCUCCACUGAAGAACCCCCCUUUAUCCAGAUGAUGUCUAAUGCAAGUCACGCUCCAACCACCACAUCCUGGAUGAAGAUUCUCUCAUGGAAUUGUCAGGGCCUUGGGCAAGCCCUGACGCGAAGGGAGCUCACUGAUCUUAUCUUUAAACAUCGCCCUUGCUUGGUUUUUUUGAUGGAGACCAAAAAACACAAGAAAUACUUGGAGCGGUUGAGAAGAAAGUAUGCAUUCUCAAAUAGUGUUUAUGUUGAACCGCAAGGCUAUUCGGGGGGUUUAGCCUUGUGGUGGACAGAGGAAGUUCACAUCUCAAUUUACUACACUGAUAAAAAUAUGGUUGAUGGAUGCUGCACCGAUGAUGAUUACUCUAAUUCAUGGCAUUUUUCCUUUAUCUAUGGGGAGCCGAAUGUCCAACUAAGGAGAACAAUGUGGAGCAGAAUGAUGAAUUUUAGACGACCUAUCUCUAUUCCAUGGCUAAUAAUGGGAGAUUUAAAUCUAGUCGGUGAUAGCAGUGAAAAACAGGGCAGAAGACCUCCUUUGGUAAUUGAUAGAAGAUUGCUCGAAGAACUCAUCUGUACUUGCUCAUUAAGAGAAGUUGGUUAUAGAGGAUCCAAAUACACCUGGGUGAGGGGCAAUAUUAAGGAACGGUUGGAUAGGGCCCUGAUAAAUGAUGAAUGGGGCAGGUUAUUCCCAAAUGCUCAGCUAUUCCAUGGCACGAGAAUCGGCUCAGAUCACUGCCCACUUUUACUGAGUUUAAAAGCUAUGCCUGUCAUAACCAAGAAGCAUUUCCGUUAUGAACUCAAAUGGCAACUCCAAGAUGGAUAUGAAGGAGCUAUAACCCGAGGAUGGAUGACGGACCGGUUUGGCUCUCCACUUUACCGCAUGAAUGCCAAAAUCUCCCAUUGUAAAACAUAUCUAAAGGAAUGGAGCAAAUCUACCUCAGGACAUACCCGCCAAGAGCUGGAACAGUUACAACAAGAACUUGAAGGGUUACAACAAGAGGAACAGUCAGAACUGAACUUAUCAAGGCAGAAACUUCUUGUGGAUAGAAUCCAUUCUCUAUGGAUGCAGGAAGAGGUAUACUGGUUUCAGAGAGCUCGGACAAAUUGGCUAAAAUUUGGAGACAAAAACUCUAAAUUUUUCCAUACAAUUGCCUCUAGGAGGAGGCAAAAUAAUUACAUCUUUCAGCUAAAGGAUGAUCAGGGACAAUUGGUGGAGGGUGCUGAAUUACUUACCAACCAUGUCUUCUCCUACUUUCAACAGGCAUAUGCUUCUGGCAACACUGGGAAUUACACACAGCUCACAGGACUAAUUUCUCCAACUGUUACUGCAGAAAUGAAUCAAGACUUAUGUAGAUCAGUAUCUGAGGAAGAAAUUCGCUCUGCAGUAUUCCAAUUGGGUGCUUUUAAAGCGCCAGGAGUGGACGGUUUCCCAGGAUGUUUCUUUCAACAGCAUUGGGACCUUGUGGCCCCAGAUAUUUGCAAUGCUAUUCGACAUUUCUUUGAACAUGGCUUUAUGUUACGGGAGCUGAACAAAACCAAAAUUGUCCUGAUCCCCAAAAUCAAGAACCCAGAGGUGAUUUCACAAUUUAGGCCCAUCUCUCUUUGCCGAGCCAUCCAUGAUAAUAUUCUGAUUGCACAUGAAGCUUUCCAUGGACUACGGCUGAAGAAAUCUGGUAAGCAUGGUAUUGUGGCUUUGAAAUUAGAUAUCAGGAAAGCUUAUGAUAGUGUUGAUUGGAAGUGCCUUGAAAAUAUCUUGCGAGCUCAUGGAUUCUGUGAAAAAUGGACCCAUAUGGUAAUGCAAUGUGUCUCUACUGUUUCAUACACAGUGGGAAUUAACAGCAAUCAAACUCCCUUCUUUUUCCCACAAAGAGGACUUCGGCAAGGGGAUCCUUUAUCCCCGUACCUUUAUCUCUUUAUCGCUGAUAUUUUGUCUCGCUUAUUAAUGACAGCGACAACAGAAAAGAAGAUUUCUGGCUACAAGAUAAGAAAAAGAAGUCCAACAAUUAGUCACCUCCUAUUCGCUGAUGAUUCUCUAGUUUUCUGUCGGGCUACAUUGGAGGAGGUGAGCCAUUUACAAGCUAUUCUGCGGCUAUACGGGGAAGUUUCUGGCCAAAAGGUCAACUUCACCAAGUCUGCUGCUAUUUUUAGCCCUAACACACCGAAGGAAGUUAAGGAAUCAAUUUGUGCAUGUCUUGGAAUUCAAAUUGAAUCUGCCGUUUCCAAGUACCUAGGCCUGCCAACCUCUUGGGGAAGAUCCAAAAAAGAGAGCUUGAAAUUUAUUGUUAACAAAAUUCAAACCAAGCUUGCCCACUGGAAAAAAAACAUGCUAUCUCAAGCAGGCCGGGAAAUCCUAAUAAAAGCGGUUGCUAUGGCCAUUCCUUCUUUCAUGAUGUCCUGUUUUUUGUUUCCUACAGGCGUCUGCAGAGAUAUCAACCAAAUUGUUAGGGACUUUUGGUGGGGACAGCAGUCUGACGAGAGAAGAAUGUGUUGGGUGGGCUGGAACCGUCUUACUCAAAGCAAGCAUGUCGGAGGGAUGGGUUUUAAGGAUCUCUAUUGUUUCAAUCUGGCUAUGCUUGCUCGACAGGCUUGGCGAAUCUUGCAAAACCCCAAUGCCUUGUGGGUCCGGGUUCUAAAAAGCUUAUACUUUCCAAAUUCCUCCUUUUUUGAUGCGAGGAAAGGGAGUCAUCCGUCAUGGGCAUGGUCUAGCAUCUUAAAAGGAAGGGACAUAGUGCAAUUGGGUGCAAGAUGGAAUGUAGGCAAUGGCCAGGACAUUUUGAUUUAUCAAGACAAAUGGGUUCCCACCUUACCCGAAUUCAAGGUAACAUCCUCACAAAGCACUCUUUCAAUUUUCUCUCAUGUUUGUGAGUUGCUAGAUGACUAUGGGGAUUGGGAUGUUAACAAAUUAAAUACGUGUUUCAGUAGCAUGGAACGUCAGGAAAUCCUUAAAAUCCCCACCGGGCUUUGCUCUGACUCUCUUAUAUGGCAUUAUGAUAAAAAUGGAGAAUUUACUGUCAAGAGUGCUUAUCUUCUUGCAUGUCGUUGGCAUCAUGAAACUAAUAUGGAUAGCACAAAUAUGGGCCUAUCCUCUGGUGAGUGGAAACAUUUGUGGAAAUUGAAGGUGCCUCCUAAGGUUAGAGUCUUUCUUUGGAGAGCCAUUUUGAAUGCUUUACCCUCCAUGGAUAAUUUGGUGAAAAGGGGGAUUGUGCAAGAGGCUUUAUGUCCUCUCUGUCAGUUAGCUGAUGAAUCAUUAAUGCAUUUGCUCUUUUAUUGCCCUCACGUCGAACCAAUUUGGUUUGGUUCAGCCGUGGGUCUUGACCCUAGGCAACUGGGGGUGGGUUGUUUUGUGGAAUGGUGGAAGUAUAUUAAACAGGUGGCUCAACAAAUGCACUAUCCUUCUUUGCUUGACCAUUGUGCUAUUGUUUGCUGGCACAUUUGGAAGGCAAGAAAUGAGAGACAUUUUGAGCAUGCAGAAAUUUCUCCUCAUCAGGUUCUUGCUCGAGUUUCUUGUAUGCUCCAAGAACUCUUGCCCUCAAACCAAAAAGAUCUCUUGAAAACCCCGUCCAGGCUUCGACCAACUAAACAACAGUCCCAGUCGUCAUGGUCUAAGCCGCCACACGGCACCCUAAAGAUCAAUGUUGACGCAUCUUUUUCACCAAACACGGGGUUUGCAACCUUGGCCAUGGUUGGGCGCAACUCAAAUGGGGAGAUGUGCUUCGGUAAGACUUGGAACUGUAUGGCCUUAUCCCCACUUAUGGCUGAAACAGCUGCUCUCCUUAAAGCUAUACGUUUUGUUGAAGAUAGAGGAAUUCGCCAAGCCAUCUUUGAAUCUGACAAUCAGGUUUUAAUCUCAACUUUGCAGCAAUCACUUAGACCUCUACCAUGGGAGGCAAAAACCCUUAUCAUGCAUAUCCGACAUUUAUGUGUAUGCCACCCUGGAUAUAGCUUUGUCUUUGUACAUCGUAAUGGUAAUAGGGUAGCAGACUGGAUUGCCCACUCAUCAAGAACUGGACAAUGCCCCUCGCUCGCUGCGAUCGGACCCAGAAUUUACAUCAUCGCUAGAAAUUCUAUGCUGAGAUUCGAUUCUUGGACUCGGAGUGUUGUUGCUAGAUCUCCCAUGAUUUUCCCCCGUAGGAAGUUCGCCAGCGCGGUGCUCUUCGAUAAAAUUUAUGUCGCCGGCGGUGGUCGUUCCGAAGCUGCCUCGGCAGUGGAGGAAUACGAUCCUAAAAUUGACACCUGGCGAGUAGUGUCUAACGCGCCGAGGAGGCGGUACGGGUGUAUAGGCGCAGCGGUAGACGGAAUCUUUUAUGUGAUCGGCGGAUUAAAAAUCGGCGGCGAGUGUGGAAACGAUUCGUCGCGUGCUGCAGCCACCGGACUUGAGGCAAACAUGUAUGCUAGUUCGAUGGAUUUGUACGAUGUGGAAUCGCGCGCGUGGUUACGAAGCAGGGGGGUUCCUGGUGGUGGGUGUGUGGUGGCGGCGUGCGCUGCCGGAGGAUACGUGUAUAUUCUAGCAAGUCAUGCAGUAGAACUUUCCUUCUGGAGAUUCGACGCGCGGAGAAAAUACUGCGGUGGCAAUGACGGUGGCGGCGGUGGCAGCGGCGGAUUUGGAGAGUGGUGCAGAAUAAGAAGCCCUCCAAUGCCGACUCAAAUAAAGCUAGACAGUACAGUGAGAUUUAGCUUUGUUGGGGUGGGAAGUAAGGUGGUGUUGGUGCAGGUAGUUGGGUGCAUUGACGACGUGUUGCGGAGGAGCGGGAGGAGCGAGAGAGGUAUGAAGGAAGGACUAGUGCUGGUGUAUGAUAGUGUCGGUGGAGAGUGGAGGAGAGCGGCUGAUCUGCCUGAAGUGAUACGACGCGCCGCCUGUGUGAGUGUGGAAUGCUAAUGAGGUGGGGGAAGAGGAGGGCAGGGAUUUUAUUAUUAUUAUUUUAGUGGAUGGUGUAGUAUUUGAAGCAGACAAAAAUGAUGUUUGUAACGUAACAUGAAGAAAAAGCCGUAUCUCUGGGUAGAUAACGCAGAUGAGUCAAAUUAUGUUUAUUAAAUACAACUACUUGAGUAUCCCCACAUCGGGGAUACAUUGUUUAGUAGAUUUUAAAUCUCCAAAAGUUACCAUCGGGAUAGCUGGUAGCGGAGAAACAAAUGUUGGGAAGAAAUUUUUUUAAUGAGA